AUGAUGGUGUGGGCACUUGAGGGGAGGUGGCAACUUGGUGCUCAGGUUUUUCAGAUUGUGCCGAGGUUCUCCAACUUCAGUACGGGGUUCUCCAACUUCGGCGUCAGGUUCUACAAACUCGGUGGUCGGUUCGGUAACUUCGGAGUCAAGUUCUCCAACUCCUGGCCGAGGUUGCCAACGGUUUAA